CCGGUGUGUUGUCAAUUUGUCAUCUUAAUCCUGAUAAUAGAAAAAAAUUUCUAACUAUUAUCACUAAAAAUUUCUAUAAACUAUUUCGAUUUUAUAAAAUCGAAAAACAAAAUCUACUUGUUAAAUCAUCAAAUCUGUUUUAUUUAUAAAAUCGAAAAAUAUGUUUGAAAAAUUACCAGGACAACGUUUACUAUUGUACUACUGUUCAUUUACAUGUAUAUAUUUUCCUUGUAUAUUAUUACUUCUUAAAUUCAAUGAAAACAUAUACAACAUUGGAAAAUACCAAUCAAUACCAAUUUUAUUAGUAUUGAUAUUUGCUGAAUUAAUAAAAUUAAUAUUUCAUUGGAUAUACAAUGAACAAUCAUUAUAUUUAAAAAUUGAUUCAAGAUUAUUAUCAAAAUCACGUAAACCAUGGUCACGUACACUAAAAGAAGUAAUAAAAUUUACAGUGUUAACAAUAUUAAUAUCAUUAAUUUAUUAUAUUAUAAUUGUAUUAUUUGGUGCACCAUUAUCAAGUCAUAGAGAAGAAACAACAAUGCUGUCAAUAACAUUAACAACAUUAACAUUUAUAGCACCAUGUUUACACUUGGGUGUUGAUACAACACUUGGAUUAUUAUCAAAAUUAAAUGCUAAAAAUGAUAAUAUUAUUGUUGAUGCUAUUUGUUUAAAUAUUAAAUUAACAUUACUUGGUUGUUGGCUUGGUGCAAUUGUCAUACCACUUGAUUGGGAUAGACCAUGGCAAGAAUGGCCAAUUUCAUGUAUAAUUGGUUCAUUUUUUGGCUAUAUGAUUGCACAUUUUAUAACUUUUAUUAAAGUCAUUCCUAUUAAAAAAUAUUUUAAAAGUAAUACUAAAUUACAUAGAUAGUUUUUUUGUUAAUAUAAUUUCAUAAUAAUUAUAUCCCAAAGUAUUUAAUGUA